AUGUUGCUGCCGAUCUUUUUUCUUCCGCUCUUGACAUCCUCGAGUGCGCUACUGAUAGACACCGUUUUAAAGAAUAUUAUAUUCGAUCCAUUAGAUCGGAUACAAGCAUUGCCAGAUAAUGUCGGCGCUUUUGCAGCCGGGCCUGAAGAUGCGCAACUUUCGACUAUGGAACUGAUAAGAAAAUACGGUUACAAUGGUGAGCUGCAUAAAGUAACCACUCCCGAUGGAUACAUCUUGGAAUUACAUCGGAUAACAGGACGAGCAAAUUCCACCGAUUCGCAAGUGCAAAAACCCGUUGCAUUUGUGAUGCAUGGUCUUCUAUGCAGUUCGGCGGUUUGGGUCUUCGCUGGGCCUGAGAAAAGUUUAGGAUUCCUUCUUGCGGACGCGGGAUAUGAUGUGUGGCUUGGAAACGCGCGAGGCUCCUUGUAUUCCCGUGAACAUUCGCAUAGACGAAUAUCUACCGCGAAGAAAGAUUAUUGGAAUUUCAGCUGGCAUGAAAUUGGUACGCUCGAUCUUCCGACGAUGAUAGAUUAUGUUCUGCAAACCACCGGUCGCGAGAAAUUAUUCUACCUGGGACAUAGCCAGGGUACCACCUCCUUCUUCGUCAUGUCAACCCAAUUACCUGAGUACCAGGAGAAGAUUGAGGCGAUGUUCGCCAUGGCACCGAUAGCCUACUGUGGUAGAAUGAAGAGUCCCUUCCUGCAAGUGUUCUCACAGUUCACCAAUACCGCCGAUACGUUAAUGUCCUUAUUCGGAGUGCACGAAUUUAUGCCUACCCCCAAUAUUAUUCAAAAGUUCAUGCAAUUAAUGUGUGCGGAACAAGCUAUGUCGCAACCAAUAUGCUCGAAUGUGAUGUUCUUAAUCGCUGGAUUCAAUCCUGAUCAGAUGGACCCGAGUAUGAUACCAGUAAUCUUAGGACAUGUUCCUGCUGGUGCAUCCACGAAGCAAAUGCUUCAUUAUGGGCAACUCAUACGAUCUGGUGCACGUAUUUCACCGGGCAGAUUUAAGCUUUUUGAUCAUGGAUUAGUCAGCAAUAAAAAAAUACACAACUCACGUGCUCCACCACAUUAUGAACUAAAGGAGAUCAAAGUACCAAUCUCACUCCAUUAUAGUGAAAAUGACUGGUUAGCAAACGUCAAGGAUGUGGAAAAAUUGUAUAGCGAGCUAGGCAAUCCUUAUGGUAAAUUCCUAGUGCCAGAUAAAAAGUUUAAUCAUUUGGACUACAUGUGGGCCAAAGAUGUAAAGCCGCUUCUGUAUGACCAGAUAUUAAGUUUAAUGGAGAAUUUCAAAUAAAAUAAAAUAUCAGUUUGUUCUUUCAAAUUAUGUAUUUAAUGCAUGAAAUUUAAUCGAGAUUCUAGUUUCUUCAUUAUAGUGGAACUAUUUUGUAUCUUUGAAUAAUUCGAUGUAUUAUUAUAUCGACUUGAGUUAGCAAUCUCUUGUUUCUCGUAGAA